UUCGCUCGUAACUCGCACGCGUUUCCGCGAGUGCGUGUUGUCCGCGUCGUCUCUGCCGCGCGAGAGUCACGCCAUCGCGCGACUGCUCCUCGAAAUCGUUGCCAGCGCGAGUUUGCCUUCAAAUUUUCCCGCCGGUCCUUAAAAUCUUUGCGCGAUUUCGCCUUUAAGUCUUUACGCGAUUUCGCCUUAAAAAUCGUCACGCGAGUCCGCCUUAAAAUCUUCGCUAACUCAAGACUCGAUCGGGGCAUCAGCUCCGAAAAAGUGUGACCGAGACCAUGUUGACCGACCUGGACGAGUUACCGUCUAUUAAGCUCGGCGACUUCACCUUGGAGUUCGAGUUGGGCCCUCCGAGUGCGGAACUUCAGGAAGUGGCGAGGAAGGAACUCCGAGAGACCCCGGAAGUCCAGAAGGAAGCCGUGGACAGGUUCCGGGAGCUUCUAAAAGGUGAGACCGACCUGUUGUGUCCCCUGGAGAACGACGCCUGGCUCAUCAGGUUCUUGAGACCGACCAAGUAUUAUCCAGAAUCGGCCCUGAAGCUCGUGAAGAAUUAUUACAGCUUCAAGGUGAAGCAUGCAAAUGUCUACGAUGGGUUGAAGCCGAGUCGGGAGAAGAAUAUCUUCGAGCAGAAUAUCCUGACGGUGCUGCCGAACCGGGACCAACAUGGCCGACGAAUCCUCAUCAUCGAGCUGGGGAAAAAGUGGAAGCACAAUAAAUGCUCGUUAGACGAGGUCUUCAAGGGCUGCGUAUUGUAUCUAGAAGCCGCCAUGUUGGAGCCCACGUCACAGAUCGCAGGGGCCAUCGUCAUUUUCGAUAUGGACGGGUUGUCAUUGCAACAGACUUGGCAGUUCACUCCUCCGUUCGCCAAAAGGAUCGUCGAUUGGCUGCAGGACAGCGUUCCUCUCAGGAUCAAGAACAUCCACAUUGUCAAUCAACCUUACGUCUUCAACAUGGUCUUCGCCCUCUUCAAGCCCUUCCUCAGGGAGAAGCUGAAGAGCAGAAUCAUCUUCCACGGCACGGAUCGUAAAUCCUUGCACCAGUAUAUUUCCCCUAAGUGCCUGCCGGAUUGUUAUGGAGGCACUUUGCAAAUUCCUAGAGUAACCGGGCCUCAGUGGUUCGAACUUUUGCUUAAAUGCGAUAAGGAGUACGAAGCGAUAAACUCCUACGGGUACAAGAAGAAAUAAGUGGAAUUAAUUCGCUAUUGCUUCGGCUGCGAAUUUGGAAGCCUCUCUCUCUCUCUUUCCUUUUUUUCUUAGAUUCUUCACAGAAUCGAUAACGAUUCAUGUUCGUCCACCUUAUCGACGGAGCGAGUGAUAAGUUUGCUCGGUUUGCUCUAUUUAUGUUAAAUUUAUUUCUCCCUUAUCGCCUUGCACGCCCUAGCGACACAAGGUGCUUUAGCUGCGAGUUUUUAUUACGUUUACUAUAUUUUUUUAUACCGUUGAAAUCUCGCGAAGUGCCGCGAAAGUGAAGUUCGCCACUUAAGUUGAAUGUCAUAAUUAACGCGAAUAUCGCAAGAUUUUGCACGACGGCGAGGACUAGCAAUAUCAAUUUUCGACCUAAUUUUUAGGAGGAUUUUGUAUUUAAAAUUUUCAAUCGUCACGGUGGAACUUCCCGCACUUCCUUUUUCGAAAAAGCGGAGACGCUUCCUGAAGUUCCUCUGGUAGGAUUAUUAUUUAACUAUCUCCUGUUGCUCUUCGACCUUUACAAUUAGCAGUGCUUCAAUUUUCUCGGAUAACUUUCGGCGAUUUGUUAAUAAAGUCAAGUUGUUUUAA